AUUUGUAAUCGGCGUGUCAACAUGGACGAUCUUUACCAAACUUUUAUGCAUUGUUAAUAGCCCCACUUUUCAUACAAACGAUAAAGUUCCGUGGCUUUGGCAGAGUCUGGGGUCCUUCCUCUUUUGUUACAUUUUCAGCAGACGACCCUGAGUAAAACGGAGGUGUAUCUCUGCAAAGAUACUUUUCAAACUGGUGAAGAUCGAGAAGCUAGGAAUUGUGACACCCCUAUGUUGAAAGAAAAGAAAUCUCCAUAAUUUCAACGAAGGCAAGGCUAACUAACAUGGAUUUCGAACUGGAUCUCCCAUUGACAUAGAAGACAAGGAAGAUAUGAAUGAUUAUGAGAGCAACUGACCACUGAACCAGCAAUGCACCUCUGGAUCAAAGAUCUUCACGUUUUUACUUUGUAGACAAAAGCUUUAUAGAUUCUACACCUGUUUGUAGACCUAAUCUUCGUAUUUAUCAAGUAUGACUGCAGAGAAAGGAUCGACCUCCAAUGCUAAUUGAUAAUGGUGCUGUUAUCUGAUUUCACUUUGCUGGAUAUGUGUUUUAAAUGAAAGUUGAAUUUAACAAUAGAAUAGGAGAUAAUUGAGAAAUACUAUACUGUUUACAGUGAAGGGAGGCUUCCUCUGGAGGCUUUACGGGAUUCAAUGAAUUUUUGAUAUUUUAAGGAUUGUGAAGUUGAAGUCAUGGUACAGUAACAUGCCGUCUCCGGCGAGGAAAUAUGGGAAUCGUAAUUUCUCUCCUGAGCAUGGCGACAUACAUCGUAGAAACAUCGCUGCAAGUGAACGAUGCUGCGACUGGCAAGGACUUGUGGCGGUCGGUCUUGGUUGCCAUCAUUAUUGUCGCAGGAUUCGUAAUUACAAACAUUAUAUCCGCCGUGUUGGUUUUCAGAACAAUGGAUUUCUCCGGGAAAUCGUGUGGAAGAUUCAUCUGUGUUCUCCUCCAUUGUGGUCAAAUCGGAAUUCUGUGGAGAUACCUCAAACUUUUUAUGCUGUAUGAUGAACACGACUGGAAAGAAUUCGUUCUGCUAAGGACAAUACAGACCUUAAUUCAAACAAUACCCUACAUUCUCUUAAAAGGAUAUACAGUGUUAGCGAUGGAGGAUUUUUCGGCCACAUCAGUGACAGUUAUUUGUAUUUCUACAAUCUCCUCUGGGUUUGUGUUCACAAUGUUCAACCUCGGUAACUUACUUUUCGAAUCGGACGAGUUUCUUGAUCGGAAUCAUCGUAUAAAGAAACCAUUUGGAAUAUUUUCUCUUGUGAUGGGAACGAUCUUCAUGUUAGGGUCCCGUUUUGGUGCUAUUGUGGUAAUGUCAUCUGUAUUAACAUAUUGGACCAGUAUUCCCAUUGGCCUUCAUUUCAUAACUUUAACGCUAAUACUUUCAAUCAAAGCUAAGUGCAAUAAUCAAUGCUCAGUAUUUGAAAUCAUGAAAAUCUCCGGCCUUUCUCUUCUCUGCGUGUUUGACGUAAUCGUUAACAAAUUUAAAGUGUUGCGUUGUACGGAAGUUAUGUAUUACAGCGCCGUUCUUGUGGAAAAUAUCAUAAUGGUUGCAACUUGGAUUCUACUCUCCAGCAAAGGAUACGUCUUCAAAUUAUCAAGUGUUGUAGUCCUGUUGUGCACUUUUGUAUUUGGUGUAAUCCUGAAAUCAUGUAGCUGUGGCUAUAUAGAAGAGAACAACGAAGAUGAUGAUUUCUCAUCGGCUGAUGUGUUCGACUUUGAACAGACUAAUCUUAAACUGGGAAAUUCAAAUAAAAAGCCAACGAAGAGGAAACCUCGGGAUAUAAACCACCUCUCCAGUAACACGGCGUCCGAAAUUCAAAUAGAGUCUAUAUUCACCCCCAUAUCCGAAUCCAUGAGACGACAGAAAGAAAUCUUAAAGAGCCCGUCUAGUAAAUGUUCUGGAAACGGGAGUCUUGUGGUGGCUGAAAGUAAUGGAGACUUGAACUCAAGCAACAGCAGAAACACAAAUACACUGAAUCUGAGUAAUCUAACUAGCAAACAAAACAAGAACAAAGACAAAGAUUUGGAACAAUACAAUGAGCGUGCCCGGAUGUCAUCCUUAGCAAUGGAAAUAAAAUCUCCACAAGUAAAACAAAAACAAUUUUUUCAAGACAAUGAUGUAAAAAAUACAAACAUUGUUUCCAAAUCGCCACAAAUAAAAAAAUACUCAAUGGGAAAAAAACUGGAUAUACCUUUAUUUCCGCAAGAAUGCAACGAUUUAAUAGGCAGCAAAGAGUUUGGUUCUCCCAAACCCAAGCAUAUUUUGAGCAACUCUGUUGCAGAAUACACGAUGGGUGAUUCAUCUUCCGAUUCGUCUUAUUCGGAAUACCUCAGUUACAGCAGUUAUUAUGUAGAUACCACUGAUUGGUCCUCUAUGUCAUGUGAUUCCGAUGGCGCAGUAACAUGGCCCCCAUCAACUCCAAUAACACUUGUAAAUUUACACAGUUUACCAAAGGAAAGGUUAGAGACCUCUGAUAGUGUUCAUGUGUGGUUAAGUCGCUUAAACGAAUGGGAACCUAGUUACGAAACAACCCUUCCUGACUUUGAUGCAGGGAGUCCCGAUACAUCACGUAGUGUGCAUAGUAUGGAAACAGAACAGCAUAAAACUGAAAUAUUCAGAAGAAGCAGUUCUGUGCAUGAGCAAAGACAACAUAUAUACAAAAGAAAAAACAGAUAUGCACAUCAUAGUCUAGAUGCAGACAAUCCACAUGAUCAUUUAUAUGUAAACCAUGUGGAUGUCGCUGCAGACCAGGUCAAUCUGGAGUUACCUCAUACCUCACAGACGAGAAAUAUCCCACAAAACGAGAAGAAAGCGUUUCUGGUCUGGAACGAUGACUCCAUCGGUCCACCUGACGUAGUCCAGGAGUCGGUUGUCUGACCGUUUCUGGAAAAAAAAUCCAUUGUGCCAAAUUUCAUGAUUUGAAGAUUUAAUAAUGAGCAUUGAUAAACACCAAUAAAGGAUGAUGAAAUAGUUUGAAAAUACAUAUAUCUGUGCUCCAAAAGUUGGAGUGUUUAAACGCAUGUGUUUGAAUGAAAGAUUUGCACAUACACGUAUACAUGCACCUUACACUUUAAGAUAUUUGAUCUAGGAACAAUGCACCGCAUACUUUAAUCAAUAUUUGAGAAAAGUCGUUAAACACUUGAGCGAUGCACAGGAAUACUUUUAACCUGGAGAUUUGUUUCUGUCUGUUGAGAAAAUGAUUUCCUUCUCCAAAUGUUUUACAUAGCAUGAAAGAGUCACUCGAUACAUUGUAUGGUAAUCUGAUAUAGAAUAAAUCAGUUACUUCCAUUUCAUGAUAGAGCAUGAAAAUGGACAUAGCAA